AUGAAAUUACCAUCCAUAAUUGAUACUGAUUCAAUUUUUGCUAAUGAUGAUUUAGAAUAUGUUUUUAAUAAUGACAAUGAUUUACCCGAAAAUGUCUUGGUUAACAAUUUAUUACCAUUACAUAUUGAUUAUGCUAAAUCGUUCAAAAUUCCAGGUACUGAAGAACCAGGUUUUUCACCAAUUAUUAGAAAUAAAGCUUUCCCAAAUGGAUUAAAAUGGAAAUUAACUAACGAUUUAAAUACAUUUCAUAAAGUUUUUGAAAGUUGUGCUAAAAGAUUUAGUAACGACCCAUGUAUAUCUCAUCAUGAAUAUGAUUAUGAAAAUGAACAACAUUUAGAACAAUAUAAAAGCGAAACAUUUGAUCAAAUACAUCAACGUAAAAAUAAUUUAGCCAGUGGGUUAUUUUUCUUACUUGAAUCAAAUCCAUUUUUAAAUUAUGCAUUAGAAUCACAUCAAAAAAUAAGAGAUCAUUCAAAAAUUUAUAAAGAUUUUGAUAAAGAUAAUACUUCAUUUAUUGUUACUUUUUAUUCAGGUAAUCGAAGAGAAUGGAUAAUUUCAGAUUUAGCAUGUUCUUCAAAUUCAAUUACUUCCACUGCAUUAUAUGAUACUUUAGGUGCUGGUACUGGUAAAUAUAUUUUAGAAUUAACUGAAUCACCAGUAAUUAUUUGUUCAAAAGAUAAAAUUGAAAAUUUAAUCAACUUGAAAAAGAAUAAUUUUAAACAAUUAGAAUCAUUAAUUUUGAUUAUCUCAAUUGAUCCAUUAUUAAAGAAAGAUAAACAUUUGAUUGAUUUAGCAAAUGAACAACAUAUAAAAGUAUAUGAAUUUACUCAAGUUGAAAAAAUUGGUGAAAUUUUCCCAAAAGAAAAUUAUGAACCAAGUCCAGAAACUGUUUAUACAAUUACAUUUACAUCAGGUACUACUGGAGCAAAUCCAAAAGGUGUUGUCUUAGCACAAAAAACAGUUACAGCAGCUAUUUCAAAUGUUUUAUUAAUGAUUCCACAUCAUAAAAAUCAAAAAGAAUUUGCAUUUUUACCAUUAGCUCAUAUCUUUGAAAGACAAAUGUGUGUAAGUACAAUCUCAAUGGGUGGUAACGUUGCAUUACCAAGAUUAGGUGGAUCUGCAUUAACUUUAGUUAAGGAUUUAAAACUAUUUAAACCACAUUUCUUUGCUUGUGUACCUAGAAUUUUUUCAAGAAUUGAACAAGCUAUUAAAUCAGCAAUACCAGAUUCUGAUAAACCAGAUUUUAAAUUUACUAAACCUAUAGUUAAAAAAAUUAGAUCACAAUUUGGUUUUGAUGAAAUUGAAAGAGGUUUUACUGGUGGUGGACCAACUAGUCCUGAAACUGUUAAAUUUUUACAAAAAGCAUUUCAGUUUGAACUUGGUUCUGGUUAUGGUUCUUCUGAAUCAUUUGGUGGUCUAAUUAUGGCUAGUAGUAACCAUCAUGUUGGUUCUGAUGGUCCAAUUGGUGCAUCUUGUGAAGCUAGAUUAAAAGAAUUACCAGAGAUGAACUAUAAAUUAAAUCAAGAAGACGGAGAUAAAGGUGAGUUACAAUUACGCGGUUUUCAAAUGUUUAGUCAUUAUUAUAAAAAUCCAGAAGAAACUGCAAAAUCAAUUGAUUCAAAUGGUUGGUUUGAUACAGGAGAUGUUGCUCAUUUUAGAAAAGAUGGGUAUUUUAAGAUUAUAGAUAGAGUUAAGAAUUUUUAUAAACUAGCACAAGGUGAAUAUGUAACUCCAGAAAAGAUUGAAAAUUUAUAUUUAACUACGAAUUCAAUAAUUACACAAAUUUAUACUCAUGGUGAUUCAUUAAAGACAUUUUUAGUUGGAAUCGUUGGAAUUGAUCCAAUGAAUAUUAAAAAAUAUUUACAAGCUUUAAAAAUACAUGAUAUACCAAAUUUUAAAUCAAAUGAAGAAAUGUUGGAAUUUAUAAAUAAAAGAGAAGUUAAAACUAGAAUUUUAUUAAAUUUUAAUUCAAAUUUAUCUGAUAAAUUAAAUGGAUUUGAAAAAAUUCAAAAUUUAUAUUUUGAAAUAGAACCAUUAACUUUAGAAAGACAAGUUAUUACACCAACUUCAAAAUUAAAAAGACCAAUUGCUCAAAAAUUUUUCAAAAAACAAAUUGAUUCAAUGUAUGAAGAAGGUUCAAUUAUUAAAGAUUUAAAAUUAUAG